AUGUCACUUUGGUUUCACAGAAAUAUUCUUAAAGCAACAGCUUUAAUUGAUUUUAAUGAAGUACUUUAUGGAUCUCCAAAUAUAGCAAAACUUUCGAGUGAUCUUAAAAAAGCAAGAGAUAGACUUUUAGAUAUUCUUCCGGAUGCGACUCAUACAUAUGAUACCAUGAGUACAGCCUAUGUAGCUUAUUUAUCACAUAUGUGCGGGUUUUUUAUGGAUUAUAAAAUAUUCGACAAGAAAGUUAGAUAUUCAUUUACAUUUAAAUGGACUCAUUCAUUAUUGGGAUCAAAUAUCCAAACUCAACAGGAUGCAGCAUUUGACAUAGCUAAUAUGAGUGUAAAUGUAGCAUUAUGGCACAUGAAACAUGCUUCUUAUAUGGUUUCAAAAAAAUUGUUGUCUGUGGAAGAUAUAAAAGAUGUACAUUCUAGCUUAAGAAAAGCUGCUGGAAUUUAUCAAAUGGUGAUGAAAGAUUUACUACCUUUAUUAGAAAGAGGAUUACCUGGAAGCGAUUUAGAUCCCAAAGUUCUCCAAGCUUAUUUCUCCCAGAGCACAGCAGAAGCUCAAGAAGUCACAGUUGGUCGAGCAAUCGAACUCCAACAUACAGAUAACUUAAUAUCAUCUUUGGCAUUUGAAACAAGUCAAUUAUUUGAUAAUUCUAAAAAUCAAUUGAAAGGUUUAAGCAAAAAUGUAUCAGAGCAGUGGAUUUUAUAUUUGGAUAUAAAAAAGAAUAUUUACUUAGCAUUUGCUUAUUGUUAUUCAGGAAAAAAUCUUUUUAAAGAAAAUCUUUGUGGUGAAGCCAUUAGAAGUUUAAGAGAAAGUCAAAUUUUAUACAAUAGAGCUAUAAACUUGUGUAAAUUAUAUUCAAAAACGAAAGCACCUGCAAAACCAGUAAAACCAACAGGUCACUUAUUUUUUACAAAUAUCAAUGCCACUGUAAAUUCAUUACUUGAAAAAUAUGAAAGAGAAAAUGAUUUUAUCUAUCAUCAAAAAAUACCUGAUAAUCCAAGAAUUCCAGAAAAAAAAGCAACAUAUGGUUUGGCCGUUCCAGAAGUUUGUCAUUUACCUCCUCCACUACCUUUUUGGGAGACUGCUUUUGAUGGUAAAGAACCAUCACAAUUACCUAAAACAAGUUUGUAA